AUGAAGAGGCUUGAGGACACUGAGUUGGCAACGGCACCUUCCAAUGUUCUUGAAAUUAUCUGCAAACUAGGCAAGGGCUCCUAUGGAAGCGUAUUCAAAGCAAGACACAGACGCACUGGCAGCAUCGUUGCUGUGAAAAAGGUCGAUACUUUUCCAGAUUUAUUAUUGAAUUCAGUAAAAUAUUUUUUAACCGCCUACCUUCCGCCUCUACAUUCUGUUAAUUAAAGAUAAUUUUGUCUCAACAGGUACCAGUGGAUAGCGAUCUUUCGGAAAUCGUUAAGGAGAUAUCAAUUAUGCAACAGUGUGAUAGUCAAUACAUCGUUAAAUGUUAUGGAAGCCUUUUUGACAAUCAAGACCUAUGGAUUUGCAUGGAGUACUGUGGUGCCGGUUCGGUCGCCGAUAUAAUGCGCCUUCGUAAUCAGACCCUCCGCGAAGAGGAAAUUGGCACCAUUCUAAAGUACAGCCUCCUGGGAUUGGAUUAUUUACAUCAGGUAGUUUUGCUCUUUAGUACUGAUAAUUUUUGGUUUUGCAUGGAUUUUUUUGCAUUUCAUGUGCUACUUCUCUCACCGAUGUCCGCUUGCAUGAGACCAUGGACUGCUAGAACGACGACUACGAGGAAAAGCCUGCGCAGCUCGUCAAACCAAAUAUCUUAGUGGCUUGAUCUUCCUCAGGCGGGUACCAGUUAGGCCUUUCGGUGGCAUUAUAUGUCGCAGUACAACUGGGACAGUCUCCUUGCAGGUCACCAACUUAAGAAAUGACGCGCCAAUUUUAUUUUUUGAGGCCUUUUCUCCUUUUUGUAGAUGCGUAAAAUCCACCGGGACAUAAAAGCUGGAAACAUUCUGCUAACAAAUUCUGGAAUGGCAAAAUUGGCUGACUUUGGUGUCGCAGGUCAGCUGGCAGACACGCUAGCAAAGCGAAACACCGUCAUUGGCACACCUUACUGGAUGGCACCCGAGGUAAGAUUUCCCUUUCUCCACAAAUUCACUAUUCUUUGUGAUAAAAUUAGUGGAGAACUGUACUCCUUUACAAGAGCCAAGAUUUUAUCCACCAGAGGUUCCAAAUUCGUACCCGAGCUUAUCACGAGAGAUGAGAACGGGGACGUGCAGUGCUCACGAAAUUGGGUUACUAUUAAGUCACAAGCCUACUAGUUGGCAGGUCGCGCUUCAGUCGUCACCUUUAUAGUAUUAAUUACGGUUGUCUGCUAUUGGCGCACUACCAUCAUCGUCAGUUACCUUCUAGCUGUUGAUUGCGUUGCUCCUAGUCGUACUGUCACUGUUUUCUUGACGUUGACCAUCGAAUAAAGCUUUUAUUCAGUCGUUCGAGUCGACCUAAUCUCGGAAGUUCACUUUUGUUUGAGUAUGCCAAGGUAGUAUACUUGAUCUCCUCGUACUUUGUUUUUUACUCGUAAAUGCCUUUACUCGCCGUACUCCUGUCUAUACGACUUCGAACGCCUUGAUGAUGGACCUGCUCCGCCCUCAUUAGAUAAUUAACUAUCAGCAAUGUCAUACUUUACAAACAGAGACAAAAAGACUAGAAUAGUCAUGCCGACUCAUUUGCUAUCGUCGGCCGUUUCUACCUUAAACAUAGGCUUGGACAACUUGUAAUUUCCCAACAAAUUCGUCGGUUUCAAUUUCCCCUGUUUUACAGCUAAGCCACGGACUCACGUUUUUUUUCGGCUGCGAUCAGGAUAAUCCAAGUUUACAUAAUGGUUUCCUUCUUCUGACUGGUUUGGAUGCAGGGUAGACUACAGGGAGUUCCGUACUGUUUUGGAACACCAGCAUACAGUCCUUGCAGGCUUUCGCUCGGCACCAAGCUAUGUAUAACCUGAGGGUUUACGGGGAAAUGCACGGGAGGCUGGAGUGACGGUGUUUGCCUUAUUUCCCAUCAUCUACCCGUAUUAUGUUCUCCAAUCCCUGUAGAUCAUUGAAAUCUACCAUCAGCAUAAGUUACUUUCUGCUGUUUUUGGGCUGCCCUGCUGUAUAAUCUCAAAACCGUCAAUGUCACCAGCCUUUUCCAAACCAAUCUUUUCUACAUUAUUACUUUUAGGUCAUUCAAGAGGUCGGCUACAACUGCUCAGCCGACAUUUGGUCUUUGGGCAUUACUGCCAUUGAGAUGGCUGAUGGCAAGCCCCCACUUGGCGAAGAACAUCCCAUGCGAGCCUUGUUUAUGAUCCCAAGUCAGCCGUCACCUCGAUUGCGUCGAGAAGAUGCGUGGUCGCCAGACUUUGUCAGUUUCGUAAACUCCUGUCUUUCGAAAUUGCCCGAGGCUAGGCCCUCAGCUGCAGACUUGCUCGCGACGGACUUUGUUCGAGGUUCCCUUCCGUGUUCUGUGCUGAUGUGCGUAUACAGUCUUUGCCUUGGAUGUGCCUUCCCACACUUUUUAUUUGUUACCUACUUAAAUUUAGAAUACAUAUUAUGUGGACGUAUCACGGGCAAAGUAAAGGACACUGCCAUAAUUUAUGACCCACUAGCCGUCAUCAUCCAGACUACAGCUGCUGGCGCACCCGAGGUUUGAACAGGAGUCUAAUGAGUUCUCCAGAAUUCCGUCUAACGCUAUAGCCAUUUGAACUACCCACCGGCUAGGGAGUUGGGCUUAAGUGCUCAAUGGCCCACUACACCCAAAUGCGACAGCACAUGAGUUUGGGGUAUCACUUGACUAUAACCGACAAGUCAGAAAUAACUAUUACAUUGUCCCUAGUUUUUUGUCGGUAAACAUUUUUCAGUGUUUUCUAUUUGUCGGUAGAGGAUAAUCCAGAUGGGCUCCAGACUCAGAUCUCAAAGACAAACUGGGGUUGCUGUCAGGAUGGGUCGUCUAACGCCACCCCCAUAUGAAGAUAUAUUUGUCGCGCAGGCUGCUUGGUCCUUAGUCUGUUAUCGAAGGUUUAUUGUUCUCUUAAUAUCUUCCUAGUCCCCUAAUUGAAGAGUCGGGCAAGAUCCGCGAGAAACGUCUUAGUAAAUCCAGAUCGUCAUCGGCGGUGCGCCAAUCCGGUUUAAGGCGGUCGGCGUCACCUUCCUCCGAAGUCCUUGACGUCGCGCCGGUCGAUACCACCAUUGAUGCUGACCAAAACUCGGGAACAAUGAUUUCUCGUUCUGAUCAAGACACAAGCCGUCGUAAAUCAGGCGAAGCGCCGUGAGUUUAUUUGACAAAACCGAGUCAUAAUUUGAUAUUCACUCAGAGGUUCAUAUGCAAUAAGCACUGCUCUACUUGAUUGCAGUUGGAAUCGGGACGCGUCUGGCACACUCAUCUCGUUGGAUUCUGUUGAUGAAUCUAGCGGUCGCCUCCCUGCUCGCGCCAGUCGGCCAUCGCGCAACGUUAACGCCGAGGGCUACUUUUCAGACAGCCAGGGAACCAUGAUUAUCAAUGAGGGCACCGACUACGAAGAGGAGGACGAGGAUGUGGGUGGAUCUGUGCUCAUCUACGAUACCAAAAGCUCUAACUCGGCUGGUCAAAUUGACAAUGGACUCGGUGCAUCUUCGCCCGGAGAGAAUACGGAUACACUAACGCGCAACUUCAAACGUGCAGCAAUCAGCGAAGCCAAUAAUUGGUACCGGUAUUUUCUGAUCUCAUCUUCUUUGUAGACUUUGGGCUUACGAUCCCAUGAUUUUAAUCCAUCACAGUCGGGCUAGUACACGUCACUAGAGAUCAUUAAGGUUUCUAAGAACUCUUAAACAAUUCGGGUUCGUAAAUAAUCUUACUAGUAUCCAACACAGGGCUUCGCAGCGUACAAAAUCAUUGUUUGUAAAGCCGGAGGUUGAUGACUGUCAGCACUCAUAAUGAAAUUGAAAGUCGUAUCGAAUCAUAAAUAAUGAGCCGUUAACACUUCUACCUGCGCCUUUGAAACUGGUCCAAUUGAUUCCCAUCCUCCUACCGCCAUGCGUAUGGCUCCUAGGGUCCGUUUCUUUCAAAUGAUUCGCCUUGCCCAUCAUUUGCUCCGAUUUAUGGGCUCGAUAUCACUACCAGACAUGUGCUGUCAAACGAAAUUCGUGAAGCAUUUCGAAAUAUACGUUAGCAUGGAAAAUAUUGUUCAUGCGCCGUUAAAGUGCAAGCAAGCAUGCAGGAUCAUCUAGAAUAAUGUCUCUCAACACGCGCCCUUUCCACCUAGCAUCUUAACGCUUGGCAACAUGGGUGAUAGUUGAUUUAUCUAUUGAUUUUCAAUCUUCACAUAGUCGAAAAAAUCCUAGAGAUUGAAAGACUUAUUUCCCGUAGUGGUUUUGCAGGGAAUUUCACGUCUCCAAAGUGUUAUCGUUCAAAAUAUGAAAUAUCUCAGCAGGCAACGUUUAUGUAAUUUACGUUUUUGGAAUGCUGCCAUUUUUUGCACUUUAUUGUUUUUUGGCUAUUUGGUACGUUCACCCUCUAAAAUUCUCUUGAAAAGCGUUGAAAGAAUAUUAAGGUACAUUCCGAACAGUGUGAACGCCUCAUAUACAGGAAUAAGCAACUUGUUCAUCUGGAAUUGCACGCACACUUUAACCAACGUUUGUUAUACGCUAAAUUACGGACGUUUGUGCGGCCACAGUUAGCUAUUCAUGUGUGGAAACCUUGGACCGCUAAAGACCUAAGCAUCCUUGAGAAAGUUCAAAGGCGGGCAACCAAACUCGUUAGUGGACAGGGUUCACUACCCUACGAAACACAGUUAUCCAAUCUGGGCCUUUUUCCUUCGAGUUACAGGCAGCUAAUAGGUGACCUGAUACAAACAUUCCGUAUCAUGCGCAGUCAGAACCGCCGUCUUUUAUCUGCAGACUUCUUCGAGUUAGCAAUCACAACGAACCUCCGAGGUCGUCCACUUAAACUACUUUUGACUGGUAACAGGCUGGACGCACAGAAGUUCUUUUCCGACAGAGUGAUCGAGGCUUGGAAUGCUCUGCCUGCAGAUAUCGUCAUGUCCACAGCCGUCGAGGCUUUUAAGCGCAAGUUGGAUCAGAAUACCACUAAACACGACAACGUCAUCCGACCGAUAUCGCCCUAUCGCCCCUUUAUAACAAAUAAUUAUCGUUAUGAUGUUACUAUCUCUGUUUCAGUAGCGUUUUUAAUUCACUUAUUGCCCCAAAUAGAUGCACGCGAAUGUUGGGAUUCACUUCGUCUGCCUCAGAUAUCUGAGUUCAUUCCAGUUUUCUUGAGCACAAUUAUGUAUUGGAUAUUAUACACUGCACUUAGUAAUUUUAAUGUUUUAACACCUGAAUGAUUCGUUUAUCUGUUUGGUUUAGGAAAAAAUUUCCGUAGCUGUUUGGUGUUCCUAUUUUAAAAUUCUUGACAUACUUUGCCUGCUUGUAACAAUUAGGGGGUUCAAAGGUUCAGCGCCUACGUCUCCCUCAAAUAAACUGAGCUAAACUGAAAAGUAUUCCCCAGUUUGAAUCAUUUGACACACAAAAGUCGUAUUUUCCCGAAGAUUGAUUAUACUAAAUUAGGCAUUUAUUAGUCCUUUUUAAGAGGUAUAGUUGAAUUGAUUUAUAGGUUGGUCGUCUCCAACGGUGGGCAAGUAAAGUCAACUAAGCUCGGCAUCAGAACAAUCAGAGUGCAAGGGUCGAUGUCUUAUUAUCAAAUUUGUUACGGUUGCCUCUAUAACAACUUAGACAAGACUCGGGCCUUACCAGAAGGCGAUCCAAGCGCAAAUGGCAUUGGAACCUGUUUCUUCUAACAUCGUCCACAAACGAUGAGAGGGCCAGGUUACCAACGCGAAUGUGUUUGCUGUCUCUGCCUCCUCUCUCAACUCUAAUGACGAUGGAAAAUGGGGUUCUACAACGGCCUUUACGAAGUUUUAUUCUUUAUUCCUUCAUAUGAUCUUGAGAUUGUUGCAGGGGCUUGCAAUGCGCGCGCCGUUAAUGUUGAUCGCUUUACGCACCACGUUCAAAAAAAGUUAGGCAUUGGUAAUCGAUGUGGUAAUGACGAUCGCCUGCUUGGCUUUGCUGAAAUCAAUAAGAUUGUCCUCGCUGGCACCGGAUUUCGGUGACCUAAAGAUUUCUAAUUUGCUAUUAAAAUGACGGGGGAUUGUAUUGCCGCACAAGUUGGUUACAUUUUUGUGGGUAAAUACGGUCCUGUAUUGUCACUCGACGAGUGUGAGUUCAAGACGAACAAGGAUCAUAAUCCAGACCACGUUUAUGAGAGCGCGACUGCGCUUGUGUCCCAAAGUGUUCAUGAGAGCCACUUUGUCCCAACCCUCUUCCCAAUUUAUGAUCCAGUGAAACAGCCGGCAGCCUUUGUCAGGAUGUGAUUAACGAAAUUCCUUUACUGGAUGAUCAUGAUGCCCAGCUGCUACCCCACGUGGAUGGGGACCGCGCCCUGUUCUGGAACGCCUUCACUGAAGCUUCGCCUAUUCACUUACUUCUCAGGAGGCGCAAACUUAGAUAGCGGAUUUUGGCUAAUAUCAGUUAGCCAGCGGACGAUGCGCGACGUGCUCUCAUCGCCGCAGAUCCAAACUUUAGAGCACUGAGUCGUUAAACAAGGUUGGUGAGAGUCGGCCAAAAUAAAUGCUGUCCCUAUCAAGCUCCCUGAGACUGCUGCAAAAGUUUGAGUAAUUAUCCCCAGUCAUAGGAACAAUAGGGCUGGUAAUUAAGACGUACUGACAGCUGGGAUCUACAGGAACUGUUCUUAUGUAUUGCACGUUCUUCCAAUAAGGUAGAUAAGACGGAGUCUGGAAAUUAUGCUGACAUCAACUUACUUGACGUCCCCAUGAAUAGUUCCGCGACUGUCCUCCUGAACCAUCUUCACUCGGCCAACUUCGUACGAGCACAGAAAAACCAGUGCGGUCUUUCUCCUAGCAGGGGCUAUGGUUACUAACUGAUAGCCUUUCGACGGAUCUUAGGACAGAUUCACCGGAAGACGAUUGCCCGUCUUCAUGCCUUCGCUGCAGGGUUCUACUCCGUCCUCCGAAGUGCGGUCUGAAUGUUUACGGAGGCUUGUCGUAUUUCUCGAGACUCAUGAACUUAACAAAAGCGUGCCAUCAGCGCUCGUACAAAAGGUCGGAUAUGCGGUGUGGUGACCGAAUACUUUGUUGUUAGUGCUGGCCAUCGACAUGGUUACCUUCUCUCACCGGUCUGAUCUAGCUACACUGUACUCUAGGUUUCGUCUACAACACUACAAGACUGCAAGGGAGCCAGUCAGGACAGAGCCUUUUCGUUUCAGACCUUACUUGUACGGACAUCGUCUCGUUUGGGAAUUCUUUUUAGGAGGUGCAGUCUGCCUUGACCGAGUGCUUCUUUCACCCAACACUUUCGGACUGAAACAACUCUGGGAAAACUAAAGUGCUGCUUAAGGUUUUCACGCCGCAAAUGCUCCCCCUCGUAGAUGAAAGAAUGUUUGAGGCAGUCGAAUAUCGCCGCGCGAUUCAAGCAGAAAGCAAUGUAUGGGCCAUGAUCAAGGCCGUCCCGCUUUGCGGUUGCGAAAUGCAGUCUUUACGAACAACUAAUCUGAGGAAGACUGAGGCAUCCGAAAACUAAUGUCUCCAGCCUCAAUUCACGGACCAUGUCUUGAUCGUGGAACUGCGUCGCCAAUCAAGGAAACCUGUUGGUGAUGCGGCAAGAGCCAGCCUUUUCAAAUUACCCUGUCAUGCACUCAUUCAAUCAUUUUUCAAGCCUCUGUCCGAGCGAGUUCCAUCGCCGUGGAGGCUUAAGGCAAACGUAAACGGAUAUUGAAGAAGGAGACACGAUCGCCGGGACAAGAGCAGAAACGGGGGAGCGCAGAGGUGAACACUCUUCCCAACACCGGGGUCGAUGCGUCAGAUGGUCGAGCAAUCAUCACGCCAACAUCCAACGCACGUGAUGAAAUUGCAGCAAUUAUCGACUCGAAUGUCGGCCAUCAAGCAAUGAUCACACCAAGUGCGACAAUCCCGGAUGAAGGGGGGAGCCGUGAACGUUCAUAGGUAUGCGGUAGCAUGGCUACUGCAUCCUAUAAAUACCGCAGCCCGUUGUGCAACAACCACCCGUUUCUGCUCUUUUGUCUCUGAUGAUGGAUUCGAGUAGGAAUCCGAAACGUCAGGCUAAUAAAGCUCUUGUCCCGGCGAUCGUGUCUCCUUCUUCAAGACUACUUCCUGGGACUCGGCUCUUUGCUUCUAUUGGUAAACGGAUAUGGCUAAGUUCGACUUCGAGGGGAUGCUUGCCCGACUGUGUUCCGUGUUCGGAAAUGGAACGCCAAAUGGUCAACGUUGGUAAUGCCACGUGCUGGUCCGUGACACCAUGGACUCCGGAGCCGAUUAAUUCAGUACUGAUGCCAACCGUUACAAGUUCAAGCACGAGCAGGUGGGUAAGUUUCCGAACCUGCCGGGAAAAAAUAACUACUAGUUUAUUUAUAAGUUAUCAGCGCUUCAUAAUUGUAUCCAGUCAGAUUAUUCCUGACUACCUAGUCAAUGCGUUCGCAGUGGUCGCAGUUAUUGCAGCAUCCCGUUUUAAGAAAACCUGGGAUUUUAGCCUGUGUUCAGUAAGUUUUCCGGUCCUAUCUCAUUAAGCCGCUGGCCGACUUCCUGUAGAUUUUUAUCAGAAAUGUUCAACGUCACACACCAACCCGACCUAGUCACAGUACGGACUAGGGACCUCCCACUUUGCCUUAGAGUCCGAGGCUAGAGUCCUCAGAGGGUCACAUAACGACGAACAAUCGAGGCAUGACUUACUGUGCACGGCAAAUAAGUGGCCACACCAGUCUCCCAUUUGUUCGUCAUUACUACGUCUGGAUGACUUACCUUUGCUUCAGGUCCGAAGAUGCUGCCGCAAAGACCCCUCCACGUGGUGACGAGGAUGCGGCGGCUGCCGUAGCAGCUGCACAACGAGACUGCGGCCUCGUUGGAGGGAUGCCCGCGCCGCGCCCUGUAGCUGUUGGCCAACGUCCCUUCGCCCCUUUUUCGCGGGCCUUCCAGGAGGGAGGUCUACUGUGUGGCAUGUCGUCGCCUGAUCCCAACAACAAUGCCAAGGGCUCUAAAGCGCUGGCCCUGGCUAAUGAGCCUGGUGGUCUAGCCAAACUCUCCUACACGGAACUGGAACAGCUGCUGGUCAAUCUGAGUCGUGAUUUGGAGACAGAACUGCGUAACCUGGCUGUUCGAUACCGGCACAAGCGCCAACCCCUGCUAGACGCGAUCGCCGAAAAGACGGCUAUGGUUGAUGCCCAAGCAGUCGCGCCCUGA